GAGCUGCAACAAUCUAUAGCUUUCCUGGUCAAUGCAUCUUGGGUCGGGUCAAAUGGCAUCUUCGUGGGGACGUCGACAUGCUGGGCUCAAGGGUAUUUCGUCUCCGUUGGUGACUUGGCAGCCAGUUGCUUCAUUUCCGCGAUCGCAGUAUACACAUAUCUCACAGUCAUAAGAGGGUAUAAACCACCACAAUGGGUGUUGUAUCUUACCAUCGCAUGUCUAUGGACCUUUGUCUACGCAAUGGCUCUAAUGGGGAUCCUGAUUACUGAUAACGGACGAGGCACUGGGGGUCUCUGCGUUAGAGCUGUCGCCUGGUGUUGGGUAAACGUCGAAUACCGAAAUAUUCGAUUGUGGCUACACUACUUCUGGAUCUUCCUAUCUCUAACAUUAACUAGCUGCCUCUAUAUCCUGAUAUUCUUCUCCUUACAGCAGAGGAGGAUAGCGUCCCGCAACAGCUACGCCUCAUGCUCCGUAAAGUACGAUGCGAGGACGUCCCCGGUUAGUGGCACUCAACCAGGUUUUCUGAUAUAUCCCAUCAUAUAUGUCCUAUGCACCAUACCCCUGGCCAUGGGCCGCGUCUUAACCAUGGCGGGAAGAGACCUGGGUGUGGGCUACUUCUGCUUCGCUGGGUCGAUGAUGGCGUCGAACGGCUGGUUGGACGUCCUCCUGUUCUCGUAUACCCGAAGCCCGAUUAUCUUCGCCGCUUCGCCGGACUCUGUAGACACCGGGCUGGAUAAAUUCAUAUUCAUGAGGACGCCGCACGAGAGAAGUUACGGGAACAUAAUUUGGGUUCAAGGUCCUUCGGGGAGUAAUAAGAAC